CUGGCCCGAUACGCUCUCCAUGUGAGCCUGCGAACGCCCUCCCGCCUUCUAACAUGUUUGCGGUUCCCUCGACCUCCCCAUUCGACUUUGCAUCUCCCCGGAGCCGAAAGAAGCCCACCUAUCGUUAGCUAGGACGAGUAGCUUCUUGAGAGAGAGAGCGAGCGAGAUAGAGAGAGAGAAGACGAGGUUGGGUUGAUCUGUCGGUGUUUUCUUUUCCCGCGCCUCUCUCUCUCGGAGUUGGCUAAAGAUGCCUGGGCUCCCAGCCUCGGUUGAUCUAGAUGAAUGCAUCUCCCGUUUGUACAAGAAGGAGCUCUUAGCCGAGUCGGUGAUCGAGGCGAUAUGUGCCAAGACAAAGGAAUUGCUCAUGCGGGAGAGCAACGUGGUCCAUGUUCGGGCCCCAGUCACCGUUGUGGGGGACAUACAUGGCCAGUUCUACGACUUGAUAGAGAUAUUCAAAAUUGGUGGCUGGUGCCCGGACACGAACUACCUCUUCCUCGGCGACUAUGUUGACCGUGGUAUGUUCAGCGUGGAGACCAUUUCUCUUCUCGUCUGUCUCAAACUCAGGUAUCCCAACCGCGUGCACCUAAUACGUGGCAACCACGAAUCACGCGGCGUCACGCAGUCUUACGGGUUCUAUACCGAAUGCUCGCGAAAGUACGGCAAUGCUAAUGUCUGGCACUACUUCACGGACAUGUUCGAUUUUCUCACCCUCUCGGUCGUCAUUAACGAUCAGAUUUUCUGCGUACACGGCGGCCUGUCUCCGUCAAUCCACUCCAUCGACCAGAUCAAGAUUAUUGACCGGUUCCGAGAAAUUCCUCACGAGGGUCCGAUGGCGGAUCUUGUGUGGUCGGACCCGGAUCCGGAGAGAGACGAGUUCUCUCUAUCACCGCGCGGCGCAGGCUACACAUUUGGCGCCCGUGUGGUUAAAAAAUUCUUAUCGGUCAAUAACAUGAACCACAUCUUGCGCGCGCACCAGCUCUGCCAGGAGGGCUUCCAGGUCCUCUACGACGACCGACUAAGCACGGUGUGGAGCGCACCAAAUUACUGCUACCGAUGUGGAAAUAUGGCUAGCGUGCUAGAGGUCAGCGACGCUGGAGAGAGAUUUUUCAAUGUGUUCGCGGCUGCCCCCGAAAAUGAUCAGCACAAGGAGAUGCAGCAGCAGGGGGUGGAGAAGAGCGCUGAUGGGAACUCGCUGCCGGAUUAUUUCUUAUAAGGACACUAAUGCUGGCAGGGCCAGACAAACAUA